UGAAUUUCCCCAAAGGAAUUCCACACAGUGUUGCACAAUUGCGUAAUGACGUAAAGAUGACCAGCCUUUGCGUUUUUUAUUCAUAUUUGGCUUUACUGUGUUUGAAGAUUUAUCGCUCCUCUUUAAUGUAAAUCGUGAUCCACUAGCAGCAUUGAAAUCGUCUCACGAUUGAUUUCUUCCCAUAAUGCCACGCGUUAGUGCUCGCUGGCGCUGUCUGUGGUGCUGAAGCUGCUUUCGCCGGCGGCAAGAGACCUUGCUCCAGCAUCACCUCUGUGCAAAGGCGUGCUGGUCACUGAGAGACAACCGCGAUCACCUAUUUGUUUAUGUUUUUUUAGUCUCUGUUAACGCGUUAUAAUAAUCGGGAAUCUUUAGUGUUGAAUUAAGAUCCUCUAGUAUCCGUUCGCGCUUGUGUUUUUCGGCUCCCGUUUGGCUCGCAUCCUUUAUGCACAGCACGCUGCUCCAGCCCUUAAAGAGAACACAGGCAUCCGUGUUGGAACAGCAUGGCUUCCUGAGUGAGAUGGAAGCGAAGCAGCACUCGAUCAAGAGCUUAAAAAGCUAUCCGGAGGCUGGGGGCCGGAGUCUGGCGGCGGCAGCGGGUGGGGACGUCGGCGGCGGAGGUGGAGGGUAUCGCGUCGGAGGCGCGGAGAUGGAGAUGGAGGCGAAAAUACAGAAAGCGAUCGACUUCAAACUGGAGGGUCACCGGUGCUACAAGGAGAAAAAAAUCCGGGAAGCAAUUGGGAAAUAUCACAGGGCGCUACUGCAGUUGAAAGGGAUCCAUGUCGUCGAUGGGACCACCGGUUCCGAGGUGAACCUCCUGAACCAAGCCGCGGCCAAGCUGACAGAAGAGCAGCAGCGAGCGGUGGAGAGCACCGAGAUCGAAUGCUACGACAGCCUGACAGCAUGCUUGCUGCAGUCGGAGCUGGUGAAUUAUGAGCGGGUUAAGGAAUACUGUUUGAAGGUACUCGGACACCAGCAGGAUCACUUUAAGGCCAUGUACCGUGCUGGGAUUGCCUUCUACCACCUGGGAGACUACGAGUGUGCCCUGCUUUACCUACGCGAUGCUAAGUGCCGUGAACCCACAGACACAAACGUGCUGCGAUACAUCCAGCUGACGGAGAUGAAGAUGAGUAAGACCGGUCACCAGGUGCGUGAGAGUGGGAAAGAGUCAUUGGGUUAAUUCGGCCCGACCCCCCCUCCAUGCCACACCCUAAGCCUGAUAGAAAACCUCUCUACUCUAGUCUUUCCCCUUUUUCUCACCAUUGAUCCCUUGGACAACCAGGAUACAUGCGCUGUGCCCCUCUCUGAAAGCGGACUCAAACUGGCACAGCUACAGCACAGCUCCCCGCAACUGUCUUUUCUCGCUCUGAGAUCUCUCUGUCCCUUUAAAUCCAACGACCCCGGUGCUUUUCAUUUCCCAGGUAUUGAGAAUUCGACUGCUGAACAGAGAAGACGAAGACGAAAAAAAGAAGAAAUGCUGUCUUGUAAUGAAAUAAGCAAUGGGGGUCUGACAUUACAAUUUAAAAUCACAUGAUGGAUAUUAAAGCGUGUAUAAAUGAAAAGCAUGGGUGGCAGAAUUGAAUAUGUAGGUAUAGAACAGAGUGAAAGCACACAUAUCAAAGCCACACAGCUACUUAAGCGCAGGUGAUGAAGGUCAAUGAUAAGGCUAGUGACCUUUGAACUCACUCGGAUCCAUUGAGAAGCACUCUCUCUGCUUAAUACAGAAGAGAAGCAGAGAGGUCACCAUUCAGUUCACGCUUACCUGCCAAUGCCUCUUACUUUCUGCCUCCUUUUUCUCUCUCUUGAAUUUGGGCAUAUCUCAACAUAAUUUCUGAACUGUUUCAAUUCAAGGGCUAAUUCAGUUGUUUGUAAUUUGUCCUUAGAUAUCGAUUUUGUUUUGCCUCUCGGUUUGCUGUACUAUAGUGGUUUGAGCAAGUUGUUACCUUUCCCUUUACAACAUCCUCCGUACUGAUGUUAGCAGAUGUUUUGUGAACCUUGUUGUCCAUUUCUUUGUAUAGGACUGUCACAUAGCCACCCCCCACCCACCCCCACCCAAAAGAGAAGAGCGCAUCCUGAUGAUGUCACGAUGGUUAUGCAGCCUGUUGGAAUAUUAUUAACUAAUGGAGCCAUAUUAAAAACUCUUAUGUUUCUACAAGAAACGGGAUGAACAACAUCUGAAGAGCUAAGAGGUCUGCUAAACGUAAUAUGUCUACCAAAAAAGAUCAGGGUUACAAAACACUGGUAACUCUGAGAAUUGUAGUUUUGACAACCAUUAAUUAAGUGUCACGCGUUUGUCCUCUUCUUAGUGUUAUGCUUUUUUUGUGCUUUGCUAUGGAAACUGAUGAUGUUUUGUUCAUUGAGGCAACAUCUCCAGCGGAUUCAUUUGAAUGUGGAGAAGUCUUUGACACCACAUGUCAUUCUGAGUCUAGUUUGGAUUAAUGGCUUUGAGGAGAUGAGGACAGACAGAUGAAAUUAUCCAUCUGCCCUAAUAUAAGACAGAUUUAAUUGUGUCAGUGGGACGCUGGGGAUGAUGUGCCAUGGUUUCAAAUGUGAAGACGCACUGAUGAGAUUCAGAACGCAUGGCGGGCCAUACAACCCCAUCUCUUUGUUUCCAGUGACACUUGAGGAAACUGAGGAAUAUGUCGAUAAAAUAAGGUGCAUUCAGUUAUUUGUUCUUAAUUAAAUUGUUUUAUAUAUAAUAUACUUACAGGGAGUGAAACAUUUGGACUCCCAUGCAGUCAAGACUCUAGUCAUAUCUUCUGAUUUAUUCCACAUGGAGCGGGAUGCCCUAUCAUGGGGCUUCUAUGUCUUAAGACAACAAUUUGUCUUACAAUAAUAAUUAUUAGUUCAUUAUUAUAUAGUACUUUGAAGUGCUCAAUGCAGAAAUGAAUGAAAAUGGAGUGAACAGAAAUGAAUA